AAUCGGAGAGGGAGGGGGGAGAGAGGCUGAGUGAGAGAGAGGUUGAGCGAGAGAGUUAGAGCUAGAGCUAGGGUUAGAGAGAGAGAGCGAGAGCGAGCCACUCCAUUCGAUUACAAACCUUGUGCUGUCAGAACAAGCAGAGAACUUCAAAGAGGAAUGGCUGAAACCCAGACACUUAACUUUGGACCAGAAUGGCUCCGCGCCCUGUCUGGAGGUGGGAGCAGCAGCAGCAGCAGCAGUGGUGGGGGUGGAAGCAAUACUGUUGCCUCUCCACCCCUCUCACCUGCUUUGCCAAAGUAUAAACUUGCAGAUUUUCGCUACGGGAGAGAAGAAAUGUUAGCACUUUAUGUAAAGGACAAUAAGAUCCCUAUAGACCUACAAGAUAAGGAGUUCCUGCCCAUAUUGCAAGAAGAGCCCUUGCCACCUCUGGCACUUGUGUCUUUUACAGAGGAGGAACAGAGAAACUUUUCCAUGUCUGUAAACAGUGCAGCAGUACUUCGGCUGACGGGCCGGGGAGGUGGUCCAAUAGUAGGGGCACCAAGAGGUCGAAGUACCUCAAGGGGUAGAGGCCGGGGAAGGGGAGAUGGAGGGUUUUACCAAAGAAGUUUUGAUGAUGUGGAAGGAUUCGGUCGUGGAGGCAGGGAGAUGCAUCGCUCCCAGAGCUGGGAAGAAAGGGGAGAUAGACGGUUUGAAAAGCCAGGUCGUAAAGAACCAGCAGAAGUGGCUCCAGGACAUUUUCAAAUGAAUCACGUUCGUGGAAACUAUGAGGACGGCGGGACAGGCCUACCGAGGAAGCAUGACUUCAUACGUUCAGAGAGUGAGAACUGGCGCACUUCUCGUGAUGAUCAGAAUGAUGCGCCCCGGUCAGCAGGGUGGCGGGAACACCCAGACCAGCGUCGCCGUUUCCCCUUUGAUGCUAGAGAAGAUGAGCGCGGAUACAGAAGACCACGGUCAGGCAGCGGCAGCUUCGAAGAUGAGAGGGACAGCCUGCCAGAGUGGUGUCUGGAGGACGCUGACGAGGAGGCAGGCACCUUUGACUCAUCGGGGGCCUUUCUCUCUCUUAAGAAAUCCUCCAAAGAGCCCAUCCUUGAAGAGGUAGAGCUCGACUUUAAGCCCUUGGAAGAGUGUGAAGAGGGCCUGGAGGAGGAAGACGGUCACCCCAAGGAGACCAAAGAAACUGAAACAGAGGCCAAGAGAGAGGCUGACCGGAAAGAUUUGGCCAGAGUUUCAGAGGACACUGUUAGUCCACCUGUUGCACCAAUGGUCAAGCCUCAGGCCCCUGCCCAGUCUUCGUCCACAAGCCGCCCCUGCAGAACAGACGAGAUUGAGAGGCCAGCUGAACGGCAGCCUCCCCUGGAGCUCCCACCAGAGCCCUCCAAAGUCCCCCUGCACAUCCCAUUGUCCAACAGCAUGCUGGAGUCCCUACCCAUGACCCACAUUUCUAUCAAGCCUGCAGCUGUAUCUGCUCCAUCGCCCAGUAUACACCUCUCACAGAAGAAGCCCAUGGACGUUCCUGUAGCGAUGCACAAUCCUUUGUCUUUCUCUUCAAAUAUGGCACCCAUUGGCAGGCCCGCCCCUGUACUACAUGACACGGAUGAAGAUGAGGGACUAAAACACUUUGAGCAGGAGGCAGAAAAGAUGGUUGCAUACCUGCAAGAUGGUGUGGCAGAUGAUGACAGACUUGCAGUUAAGAUUUUGGAGAAACCCAAGUCUGCAAGCCUUCCCCUUACCCAUGAGGCUGCUCUCAAGUGGUUCUACAAAGAUCCCCAGGGGGAGAUACAGGGUCCCUUCAGUAACCAGGAGAUGACCGAGUGGUUCCAGGCUGGUUACUUCACAGUGUCUCUGUUAGUAAAAAGAGGAUGUGAUGAAGUAUUUCAACCACUGGGAGAGAUCAUGAAGAUCUGGGGAAGGGUACCGUUCAACCCAGGCUCUGCACCUCCACCUCUACAGAGUGAUGGUGAUCAAGAGCGGUUGAAGAGGCAGCAAGAGCUCACUGCUCUCAACCUUUACCAAUUACAACAGCUCCAAUAUCAAUACCUCCUCAGGCAGCAGUAUGCUCAGGUGCUGGCUCAGCAGAAGGCUGCGGCUCUUAGCUCAGCUCCUCUACAACAGCAGCAGCAACAUCAACAGCAGAUCAACCUGCUACUACAGCAAUACCAGGCACUCAAGAUGAGAGCUUCUGAGAGCCUCCUACCUCCUGUUAGCCGGUCCUUGUCUGUGCCAGACUCUGGUUCUGUGUGGGAAAUGCAGAACCCGUCCUCUCAGGCUUCCUGCACACCAAACCUCCAACAAGCUGCUCCAAGCACGUGGGAUGGCAGCAGUGUUUGGGAUUUACCCAUAGACUCCAUGGCACAAGCGCCAACAAUCGAGCAGAUGCAACAAUUAGAGAAAUCAAAGGCUGCCAAGUUGGAGCUAGAGAGGCGUGAAGCAGAGAUGAGGGCCAAAAGGGAAGAGGAGGAAAGGAAACGGUUGGAAGAGGCCCUGAGAGCUCGACAGGAGGAGGAACGUAAACGCUUGGAGGAAGAGGAGUUGGCACGGCAAAAACAGGAAGAGGCUUUGAGGCGGCAACGAGAGCAAGAAGAAGCACAGCGGAGGCAUAAGGAAGAGGAGGAUAGACUGGCACAGGAGGAAGCCCUCCGGAGAUUGGAGGAGAGGCAGAGGGAAGAGGAAGAGAGAAAGAAGCGAGAAGAAUUCCUUCGCAAACAGGAAGAGGAGCGCAGGAAGCAAGAGGAACUCGAAUCACUAAGGAGACGUGAGGAGGAGAAGCGAGUGGAGGAAAAGGCAGCUGCAGCUGCCGCCGCCGCCGCCGCUGCUGCUACUGCAGCAGCACUUGCUCUUGCGCAACAAGAGGAGCAAAAAAGGAGAGAGCAGGAGGCCCAAAGACAGCAGGAGCUGCAAAGACAGAGGCAGCAGCAACAGGAGGCUAUCAGGAGACUUCAACAACAGCAACAGCAGCAGCAGCUCGCACAAAUGAAGCUUCCAUCCUCUUCAAAGUGGGGUCAGCAAACAGUUGCCCCUGCAAACCAGACUCAGAACGCGCUCUCACUAGCUGAGAUCCAGAAACUUGAGGAGGAGAGAGAACGAGAGAUGCGGGAGGAACAGCGACGUCAGCAGCAGGAGCUCCUAAAGCUACAGCAGCAGCAGGCCUUGCAACAGGCUCAGCAGCCUCAGGCUAAGCUGUCUGGUUGGGGUAAUGUGGCCAAACAGCCUGUCGCUACCAAGUCCUUGCUGGAGAUUCAGAGGGAGGAAGCCCAAGAGAUGAAACAGCGGAAGGACCAUCAACAGCCACAGCAACAACAUCCUAUUGUCACUCAACAGCAGACCCGCACUCAAACCAAAACAACUUCUAUGAGUAACUCUGUAUGGGGGUCUAUGAACACCAGCGCCUGUACUAACUGGGACUCCAGCAGCAUCUGGGGUGACACCCACAACUCCAACAUGGGCUUCUGGGAUGAGGCUGUGAAGGAAGCUGUUCAGCAACCUCCCCCAACCAGGAAAGGAAGCACGCAGAAGAACAACAAGGGCAACGCCAACCUUAGUAACUCUUUGAGUGGGCGAGUCAACAAGAAGGUAGAGGAGGAGGAGAAGCUGCUUAAGUUGUUCCAAGGGGUCAACAAGAGCCAGCAAGACACCUUCAUGCAAUGGUGUGAGCAAACCCUACACACCCUCAACACAGCCAACAAUCUGGAUGUUCCCACAUUUGCUUCCUUCCUGAAAGAAGUGGACUCUCCGUACGAGGUGCACGACUAUGUCAGGGCCUAUCUAGGGGACACUCCUGAGGCCAAGGACUUUGCCAAGCAGUUCCUGGAACGCCGUGCCAAACAGAAUGCUAAUCAACACAAACAGGCACCACAAAACCAACAGCAGGCCCACAAACAGCAGCAGCAGCAGCAGCAGCAGCAGCAGCAGCAGCAGGAUUCUGUAUGGGGUGGAACAGGGUCAUCGUCACUCUAUCAAUCCAAUCAUACGAGCGUCCAGCAGCAGCAGCGUUUUGAGACCGUCACUGGGAAGAAGAAGAAGAAGCAGAAGAUGGUCCGUGCAGACCCCAGCCUUCUAGGUUUUUCUGUGAAUGCGUCAUCUGAGAGAAUGAAUAUGGGGGAGAUUGAGACCCUGGAGGACUAAGGGGACUGCAGCCGAGCUGUUUCACCCAAACUCUUACCCCAGCCUCCAACUGUGACUUUCACCUUUUUAUUUUCAGUUUUCAUUGAUCAGACAUUCUCCCCCACCCCCCACGUAGAGUCUAAAUUAUUAACAGGGACGCUCUGAGGCAGGGUUGUGUUUCCCUGUUGGUAACAGACCUUUAAUCUGACAAAAACAAAAAGAACCUUGAGAGAAAUGGACUGGUGCAAACUGACCGGUGGAACAUCCCACUCAUUAAUGAACCUGCAGAGGAGCCUGGUCAGCAUCGGCUGCUGCUCCUCAAAUUGACGUCCUGUCGUAGAAUUUCACAGUGACAACAAAUUUCAAAAUUCGCCUCAAUCAUUUGGGAAUUUUUUUUUUUUAAGUGGGGCUAUAUGGAUGGGUUUGUGGGGUGUCAUGAAAAGUUUAGGGAGAUUCUAUUCAUAGUUUUUGUUUUAUUUAUUGAAAGGUUUUUUCCCUCUCACCUAAAAAUCCCCUCCUCCCUCUCGUUUUCUGCCGAGUGUUCAUGGAUAACGAUGGCCAAGUAAAGCCCACUUAUGUCCUGUUUUAAGGGCAUGUUCAAAAGUUCCAUGUAGUUAUCUAUUUCUUGUAAAAUACUAGGCUGUUUAAAGAAUAAACUUUCAACUCUG